AUCAGACAAGACGAGGAAGAACAGGCUGCUGGGUGUCAUUGUUAUUAUCCGCGCUGACAAAAUGGGCACUCUAUUAACUUUGGAUAUUGUUUUGGGAUUAUUUUUGGUGCUGACAACGUGCACAUCUGCAUCAUCAGAUGUAUUUGAUGCCGUGCUGGGAAACACGGUCUCUUGCCACAAGACGUGUCAAAUGACAUACAGUUUACAUACAUAUCCACGGGAGGAAGAACUGUAUGCAUGUCAACGAGGCUGCCGCCUAUUCUCUAUCUGUCAGUUUGUUGGUGAGAGUGAAGAUCUCAAUCAGACCAAAGCUGAGUGUGAAUCAACCUGUCAUGAGGCUUAUGUCCAGUCCGAUGAGCAGUAUGCAUGCAACCUGGGCUGCCAGAACCAGCUCCCCAUAGCUGCACAAAGACAAGAGCAGCUGUUGGACAUGGUGCCCAGGAUUCACAUGCUUUACCCCCUGGCCCUUGUUCGAGGCUUCCUGGACGAUUUUAUGAAUCAAGCUCACAGCCUCAUCACUUCCUCAUGGACAUUCUACCUCCAGGCAGACGAUGGAAAGGUCGUCAUAUUUCAGACAGAGCCACAGGUCGAGAUUAUUCCUCACUAUGAGCUGGAGAAGGAUGUCAAAGAGGAGCCGGAUAAAUCUUUCUCCAGUUUGAGCCUUCCCGUUUACAAAGACUACCAGCACUCCUUCAUCCAGGAGAGGGAUAGGGACAUGUUUGCGGACAGCUCUCCCGGUGCCCGCGGGGACGAGUACAACUUCUUCACUUGCCUCUCACGUAAUCCUUGGCUGCCAGGUUGGAUUCUAACCACCACACUGGUCCUGUCAGUUCUGGUCCUGAUCUGGAUCUGCUGUGCCACAGUGGCGACCGCUGUAGACCAAUAUGUACCUGCCGAGAAGCUUAGCAUUUCCGGUGACAUGGACUUCAUGAAGGAGCAGAAGCUGACUCCAUACCCGGCGUCUUCCCUGCUGAUCGUCACCUCGUCGGGCGAGGAAGAGGAGGCCGGGCCCCUCCCUACCAAGGUCAACCUGGGGCAGUCCAACGUCUAGAGAGGAGGGAGGAGGGAGACACCAAAGCAGCUCUAGUGUAGUGAUAUCGAUCUUAAUGCGAUUUCCUGAUCUUAAUGCGAUUUCCUUAAGUCGAUUUCUACUUCCUCUAGUGCAAAAGACCAUUGGCUUCUCACUGUCUAAACAGGAAUGACCUUGUUCUGCACUUUUUUUCUAAAGGAGUAUUUCUAACAGUGUGUCUGUCUUUAAGUUAUGAAGACGCUGUGUUCUUUUUUUUGGCCCUGUAUCGUUUAGGCAUUAGAGAUGAGGGUAGAAGAUGGUACAGGCAACAUAAAAAAAUGGUUUUGGGGGAAAUCAUUGAAAUUUGCAUUAUCCUUUUGUCGUUUUGAUUUUGUUGAUUACAGCUGUAUUAAUGAGGUGUUUGUGACUUGAAAUGCUAUAGGUUCCGCAGUGUUUAUUAACUUUUUUGGUAAAAAUCAGGGUUUUCUAUAGUGAAUAACAUAAGAUUGCUGACUCCCCUUUGUUUUUUGUGCUUGCAGUGCUUUCAAAACAUAACCUCCUGUUAAACUCAUAAUCCUAUUAUAUUGCAAAAGACAGCGAGGGUCUUUUCAAAUUUACUGUUGUCUUCUUUUAGAAUGAAUAUGAAUCGGAAAUAAAGAAGGUGGAGUGGAUA